ACAGUGAUGAAGACGCCAACAAGGUAGAAUGAGCCGCUCCGUCCGCCGGUGCUGCUGAUCCGAGGAGCAGCAUGGCUGUGGAAGCUGUUCACUGCAACCUGAGCCAGAAUGGCAUCGACCACCAGAUGUGCCCCGAGGACGUGACGUCGCAGCUGGAGGAGGAGGAGGAGGCGGUGGAGGCCGGCGCCGUGCUGCUGGACGACGACAGCCCGGGCUACCAGGACGUCAGCCCGCCCGUGUACCAGCGCCGCUCGCCGCCGCACCGGUCCGUGUCCGAGUCGGAGCUGACCCGGCCCGGAUACGUGAAGCUGUCCAAGCCGGUGGCCCUGUGGACCCAGCAGGACGUCUGCAAGUGGCUGAAGAAGCACUGCCCCAACCAGCACCAGAUCUACAGCGACUCCUUCAAGCAGCACGACAUCACAGGCCGGGCCCUGAUGAGGCUGACGGACAGGAAGCUGGAGAGGAUGGGCAUCAUGCAAGAGAGCCAGAGGCAGCACAUCCUGCAGCAGGUCCUGCAGCUCCGCGUCCGGGAGGAAGUCCGGACCCUGCAGCUCCUCACACAAGCCUCUCUGGAGUGCACGCCGUCGUCACCGUAGCCGGACGUCCGGGUGCCGGAGGACGCCGACAUCCAGCCGGACUCCAACACUUCUCGUCCUCCUUCCUCCACUCCUCCAAAGACAGAUCUGUAAAAAGAAAAAAGAAAAAAAAAACAGGCAGAAAUAAGCGCCUGCUGUCUUCCCAGCCACUCCUGAAAAGCUCCCACGAGUUGUGACUCGCCGUUUCCUCGCAGUCCAAACAAUUCCUCACAGCUUCCUGGAAGCCGACCAGCCGUCUCCAGUCAUUCCUGACCUUUGCAGCAGAAUCCUCUCCUCCUCUCACAAACCCUCCACAGCUGCUUACAAGCAUUUACAGACGUUCAGGACGGUGCUGAUCCUGUGGUUCCGGUCCAGUGACCCUCCUUCAUCACCGUUCGUGGCAUGUUAGCUCAUCGUCGUAGCACUUUGACUUUUCUCCACUCCUGUGCUGUUCUUCUGGUUCUGGACUUUCUAAAGGCAGUGCUAACAGAGACGAGCCUCCUCCUGUCCUCCCUCCUGCCCUGCAGACUGAAUCCGACCCGGUGUGUUCUGGUGUCCCGGGCUGUGAGCGGCGUCCUCUCCUCCGAGGUGGACUGUGAGGGCAGCAGAGCCUGAAGGAAACUUCUGAAUGCAGUCUGCAGCAGGUGGAGCAGAACCGGCGAGGUCGGGAUGAGCUGCAGGAGGAAACUCCGGCGUUUCCUCAGAGCUCCAAGCUCAUAGGUAAACUGAUCCGGGGGGAGGACGGCGGAGAAUAAAGACGAAGGAGGAGGCAACGCAAAAGGGCUCCGAGAACCAAGCUCUGCCUGGAGAUGCUUGACUCUAAUGAGGAGAGAAGAAGAGAAGACAUCAGAGAUAACAACAGAAGAGCCUCUUUCAUUUCCUCCCCUCUGCAUCGCCGACUCUUUAUUGCUUCGUCUGCUCUGCAUAUCGCUGCUCCAGACUAUUUUUAGAUGAGACAUAUUGAACAUAGCGUAGAGAGGAGACGCGCUGAGCGAAGGAGAAGCUCGACUCUCUGCUGUCAAUGUGAAUAACGGCCACUCACUGUUGAUAUAAUCUGUAUUCUAACUGCACUUAAAGCACACGUGUCUGUAACGA